UUAUAAUGCCAUCAUAGCGCGGAGUGUUUAAAACCAGCCACCUCUCCCUUUUUUUUCAGCGCAUCACCGUUAUUUUUUACAUUCAUUCUAAUAUGUCGCCUAAAUGCCUCUUUACGUUUAUUCGGCUUAAGGCGCUCCGCAAAAUCACUUAGGCGCUGCGCCUAAACCUUUCUAUGCUAGGGAAAACCCUACAGGCAAAAAAGAAAGCAAGCAGUACAACUGAUUUUGAAGGGCCAGAUUUGAAUAUUCGAUCCUGAAAUAAAGCAUAGGCUAUACACGUAGGCUUCAUAUUCUCGGUUCAUCUUUUUGAUGAAUGGAAUCUAAUGAAAAAGUACAUUUAAAAAUCAAUGACAAUAUCUACAGAUUAAUUAAUAAAAUAAUUUAGUAGUCUUGUCUUUUUUUCAGAUUAGUGUUAUUGUAUCCUGCUGCUAUGAACUCUUAUCUAUCGUCUGUGAUUUUGUAAAUCACAUAACGUCUGAAUAUGUGUGUUGUUGAUAGAAUCUUUGAUAACAGUGGCAUUCUGUUUCGUAUGUUACCAGAGCAACAGAAUUAUGAUACUGUGACAUCAUAACAUCAAAAUGACAAAUGACUAUUUAAGUGUGGGAUGUCCAAUUAUCCACCAGUGUUUGUGUUGGGGAUCAUCUGUAUCAUUUGCUUGAGCUAUUCUAUUUCUGCUUUUAAUUGUGUGAUUUUUUUGGUCAUCCUGAUGGAGAGCUGCUGGAAUUUUCUAAGAAACAGUGGAAGGCCUGAAAGGAAAGUUACUUUGGCCAUUCUGGGACUUGAUAAUGCGGGGAAAACUACAACAGUCCAAAGCAUUCAAGGAGAAAACCCAGAAGAUGUAUGCCCUACUGUGGGGUUUUCUCCCGUGGACCUGAAACAGGGACAGCAUGAUGUGACCAUCUUUGACCUUGGUGGGGGAGAGCAUAUUCGUGGCAUGUGGAAGCACUACUUCUCCGAGUGUCAUGGUGUGAUGUUUGUGGUGGACUCCAGUGAUGUCCAGCGCAUGAAGGAAACCAAGGACACGCUGGCCAAGGUUCUAAGACACCCCUGCAUCACGGGGAAACCAGUUCUUCUCCUGGCAAACAAACAGGACAAAGAAGGAGCUUUGCAGGAGGCAGAUAUCAUAGAUCACCUGAUCCUGAAGACGCUUGUGAAACUGAACGAAUGCCGCUAUAAAAUAGUGCCGUGUUCUGCUGUGAUGCCCCUUGGGAAGAAGGCCAUUCAGGGUGAGCUGGAGUGGCUUCUGAAGACUGUGGGCAUAGGCUAUAACCACAUCAAUGAGCGCGUGCAGAAGGACACGGCCGAGCAGAGGGAGCAGGAGGAGAAGUACAGGAGAGAGCGGGCAGAGAGGGUGCGCAAGGUUCGAGAGGAGAGGGAAAGGAGAGAGCGGGAGGAGGCUGAGCCAGAGGAGGCUGAGGGAAAGACUGCAGAUCUGGAUCAGGAGGAGAAGAGCAUCAUGGGCAACACUGUCCAGUCAUUCGGAGACAUCAUCCCAGAGGUGAGAACACAGCUGGCUAUAAUAACAUUCGGAGACAUCAUCCCAGAGAAGGUAACAAAAAAGUCAGAGAGCAGGAAGGACAGAGCAGAGGAGACUGACAAAGGAAUGGAGGAGCAGAGAUUCCUGAAAUUCUGA